AUGACUCCAAUGCGCAGGCGCCUGAUAGUUGGCAACAACAUGGAGGUGCAAGGAGAGGAGCCUGUCAAUAGACCGAUCGUUACAACGCCUCCAGUGUCGCGGAACAGUCGUGCUGAAGAGCUGCGGAGCGUGAGCAGCAGUCCCGGGAGCGGGACGCAUCUGUCCUCCAGCACCAGCGCCGUGUCUCUGGGAGAGACCAUCGCCCACCGCGCUAGACAGGGAGCGGAAUCCUGGUAUCAGCUGCCUGUGGAGGAAGAUGUAAGUCAGAUGGCCUCUUUGAGCAGAUUGGGCCAGACAUCAUCCUGGCCUGCAAAGGACCAAGCUCAGCACGACUCCAUCUCAAUCCAAGAAGGGCUGGUCACCAUGGCUGAAGACUCAGCACUGCAGCCACCUGAAGGAAGAUCCUGUACUUUUCAGCUAGAAUUUCAGGAUAGUGGUCUCUCGCCUGCUCUUCCUUUAUUGCCUGCAAAAUCUGGAAAACUGCACAGCCUUUCAGAAGACACCCUCUUUCAUCAAACUGAUUUAGAGUUUGUUGCUCUGAGAGGGUCUCCAGACAUCUCUGUUGCAUCCGAAAGAUUCGCAGUGCUGCAACACGUCAGUGAUGCCAAUCCACCUUGCCCUUCCAAGGUCUCCCAAGACCUGCCUGAUGACCUUCAGAGCCCAGGGGGUCUCACUGGAGCUGUGGUGGAGGAAACCAGUAGCUGCUGCUCCCUCUCCCAGCACACUAUGUCCCCGGACUCCAGGGACGGGGAUGAAGAUGUGGGCCACUUUGAGAUGGUUCUGGAUGAAAGGCAGCAAGAGAGGGAGCCAUGCUACGGAGUGGCAGACCAGCCCACACAGACAUCUGAUGGAAAGGAGCAAAGCUCUCCCAAAACUAAACAACAAGCGGAACAACACAAAGUCAAAGUGUUCUCUCAAGAUGACACCUCCUUUCUAAGUGGGGAUGUCCCUGCACCAUUGCUGCUGGAGCUCCUGCAGAAGGAUGUUGGCUUUUCAGACAGCAGUAGCAGCUUGGCUUCAUCUGCCUCGGAGACCUCAAUGAACAAGAGGUCAUGCUUUAGAGUGUCUAAAAGCCAGAGGCCAGGGAAGCCAGACGUAGCUCCAUCUUUGAAGGUAGAAAUCUCUGAAGACAAACAAGCACAGCAGAAGGAGCAGAUGGUGCCAAAACUGGACCAUUCCAGAAGCUCUGUAGAACAGGAUCCAUCAAGUGGUUAUAGAGAACGUCCACUGGGAGAAGCCUCUUUUUCCUCUCCAGUUCAGGUGACAACAUACAGAAGGACAGGAAUUUCAGAUAUAUCCAGUAGGUCUGAGGUGUCCAACAUAACCAUUCGGUCCUCCCGUGCCCAACUGGACGAUGAUUCUGGUACACUCCACGUGCAGCUGUGCUCUGAGACUGGGGGAAUUUGUAACUCCAAGCCUGCAGCCAAACUCCAAGAGACAGAGAGUCAACCUAAGAUGCCAAGCGUUCAGUCAGUCACUCCAAACACAUGCUCGAUAGAAACACACAGUGGGAGGGACAGCACCGUCAUAGAGGCACAAACAAGCCACAGCAAGACAGAGGGGCGGUUGUCUGCGGGGUGCAGCAUCGAGCGAGGACACACAGAAAGAGAGCUGUCAACCUCUGGGAAUCAGACAGGUGUGGAUGGGUCUUUCCUGGCAUCCCUCUCACAGCCGGUCUGCCAGUCCACCCCUGGUGUGUUCUCCGGGCCACCCAGAGCCAGCAAGCCUCCACCUAUAGGGAAGCUGUCUGCCAUUGAGUCAGACCUUGAAGCGUCUCAGCCAUCCACCAGUGCAGCUCAGAGCAGCUCCUCAAAACCUCUCCUCGCUCCUAAUUUUGAUACCAGUGUCAGAGAUCCAAGUGGUCCAGGUCCUGGGAGUGAGGCAUCGCGUAGGAGCACAGGAAAGAUACAGGCUCUACCAAGUGUGAGCUACAUGGAGAAGGUCGGGGCGUGGAACGCAAAUCAGACAUCAGGGAAGACGUUUUUCGACAACUUGGCUUUGCAGGGCUUCACUGGAGUCUCGCCCAAGAAGAAGGCCUUCGAUGCCAUCUCUGACUCGCUAAACCGCAUGCUGUCUCAGGAGGGGAGCAGCAGAUCGUUUCAGGCAUCACCUGUGUCAGGCACGGGCAGCCGGAGCCCAAGGCGGAAUCUCGCCGCCUCCUUCUCGGGAGUUUCCUCUCCAGCUAGAGAAGAGUCUGGAGGUGGGGCCUUUCCACUAUCCCCUCUUGGCAGAUCUGUGAAUCACUCAUUGCUCAGUACAGUCACCAAAGAGCACCAACCGGCUGUAACCCAGCAAGAUGAGGGCAAAGAUAGAUCUCUCUCUGGUGAGGUGCCACCAGGAGCUAGCCCUCCAGCUGGAGGACCAAGCAAAGACCUGACAGACCCUGAUCCCUCACAUGUCUCCAGAAUGUCUGAGGGGUGGAUUACCCACAGGGAGCGUGAACAGAGUGAGCUAGAAAGCAGAGAUGCGUGGGGCCGCACGGAGCCAGCUGGUCAGCAAGAGCCAAAGGAGGACAAAGAUGAGAGCGUUGCUGAGAGAGCAGAACGAACCAGUGUGGAGAAGCCCCAAAGUGCUGUCCAGCCAUCACCCUGCAUUGGCCUUGCCCAGUUCAGUGACGUCUCCUCAAACAGAGACCUCAGUAACACGCUGGCCAGCUCCCAGGACAGCUACCCCUUUGAACAGAAGCUGGCAGCCUCUGUGGGGGCUGUCUCCUCUGUGGUCAGUCUGGAGGUGGACAACUAUGCCCCUUAUUGGAUCACCAAUCCAUCAUCCCCAGCUAAGGAAAAGGAGUUGAAUAUUGAGGAGAGAAUUCCGAUGUACCUUCAUAACCUUGGCAUUGACCAGUCCCCAUCAGCCAUCCUCACUCCCUUUAUACCAAGAGGGCCCAUCAGAGAGCCCGAAUUCUCACCAACUGAUCUCCGCACCGGAACGCCAACAAAGAGCACACAACCAUCUGAAGAAGAAAGUCCUGCCAAAGGAGAGUUCUCACGAUGCAGUCUCCUUUCUGUUGGCUCAAGCAUGUCCAUCCCACUGAGUGUAGACAGCCUCCAACCCACAAUGCCCCCCUCUCAGCAAGCCGUGGAGAGGCCUUUCGGCGAAAGCCAGCUAACGACUGUCCACCACCCUCUGGAACCUCGUCUGGGCCCUCAACCCCAGAGCUCCCCACAGCCUUCUGCUCAAGAGGCCAUCCAAAACCUGAGUGACAGCGGUGACGAUCCAACUGCCUCGCGUGUCCGGGAGCUUAUUGAUAAGUUCCAGUCUGGAAAGGUCUUGGCCAGUCCUGGCAGCGAGUCAGAUGACCAGGAUCAGCGGAAGUCGCAGGCCUCUCUUCUGGAGGCUAAGCCCUCCACCCUGUCCUCCAAAGGCAGUGCGGAUCAGGGUGAGGACUCCUUUGUGGGGUCUAAGACCCUUCAGGAGAUCCGGAAGCUCCUGGGCAGGGCUGAGAGUAUCGUGUCGGCGAAGUCCUCCGUCUCGUCCUCACCGUCGUCUCUGCGGGGCUCUGACGACUCCCUCCUCUGUCUGAAGAGAAGGCUCGAGGGCUUUCAGGACUCGUUCACAUCGUCCACGGGAGACCUGGAGACCCGCUCCUCCCUGCUCUGGGGCAGGUCUUCCUCGGAAUCUGUGCUGACUCCAGAUGCGAUGAAAGAAAGCUCCUCCAGCGGGCCUGUCCGGUCCCCUAGAGUGUCCAAUCCCAGCUUUGUCCGGGGGAAGGGUGCGUUUUUGAGGUCUCUGGAGAACAUUUCUAACCAGGCCGCGGAGUCCCCCCAGACAAAAUCAGCGAGACGUUCCGAGCCUGAAGGGUGCAGCGCGGUCGCUCCGGACAGAGCGGUGCCAGUGUUUGUUUCGGUCAUGCAGGUCAAUCCCCCGACUCCUAGCGGUGGCGCAGAAAAGGGUCAAGCGCAGGAAGUGACAUCACCAGCGGACAGCUCGGUGAGCGGACCGGCUGAGAAGCGGCCUGCCCCGAGCUCCAAAGAGGCGGAGAGAGCGGUGGAUAGUGACAGCAGUAGCAUGGACUCACUGACAGCUAGAGUGGCCGUCCUGCUGAGGAAUGAGUCGCCGGCGACCAUGGUGUCCAGCAGCGCCAGCACUGCUGACGAGGAGGACCGCAGGGCACGAGAGUGGAUUAAACAGAAAGUGUCGGGGCAGCAGUGCGAGCAGCUGGAGCUGAACGCAGAGGACAGGCAGCGCAUUGAAGAGAUAAAGAGGGAGCUUCUGCUAUGUACCAAACACGUAGCCAAGAACCAGCUGAACGUAGACAGUGACUCGAGCAGCCACUCCGGUGCCUCUCAGGGGCAGCUGCCUGCCCGCGGCGCGGGGCCGUUUCUCUCCCUGAAGACGGCAGAGCACCAGCUGUCCCAUCAGCUGCAGCGGCUGAACCGCAACGCCUUCGACCCUGGCAUGCAGUUCGGCCCACCCUCGCGCCGGGACCUGGAGGCGCAGGUCCGAGACAUCGCCCGGCGGGAGGGGAUGACCCUUCCCCGGACCAGUCCCCCGCCCCUCGCCUCCAUCACCAUCUCCUCCUGCCGUCGGUCCCCCUCCCCGGCCCCCCCGCGCAGCCCGACACCCCUGCGCCUCGAACAACUGACCGCAGACGCUGGUCCCCAGACGGACACUGGGGGGCGCACCUUGGAGAGCCAGGAACAAGCUGUUCAGCUAAAAGUGGAUAUAACAGUGGAGGCCCCAUCAGAAGCUGAAUCGGCUGUGAAAUCGAAGGAUGUGAUUUCUACUCACAGUCCUUCCAGUGAGCAAAUUUCAGAGUCAGAAGUGGCACCUGUUCGCCCUAAACAGACAGGAGACUCAACUCGCUCUGAAACUGAACCCCUGUCAGAGGCGGAAGUCCAAUCAAGACAGGACAUGCUCGGUUCAUGGGACACGUCGGCAGAUGGGCUGCCCACAAGUUCUGCUGACAAAGAAGGAAAUGGCAGAGGCAGCAGACAGGCGAGUUGGGACAGGGGUCAGCAGGACGUCUCCCCCAGACGGAUGGCCGAACCUGGCUUUGGGGCUCCUUCUUGCCUGGACCCAGCUGCCUACAGGCGGGUCUCUAGGUCUGACCCAGGCCUGCAAAGCUCCUCGUCCACCCUGGAUCGCAGCGCAGUCCCUGUACACAACUCGACUUUUGCGUCCGGCUCUUGCUCCAUCUCGUCCCCUACCAAGAAGGUGCUCUCACAUCUCCACCUCACCCUGUCCCCCAAACAGUCAGCGGGGUGCACCGAUGAGAAAUCUGUUCAACUGGACAGUUCUCCGUCAAGAACUAGAGCAGAUAUUGAGAGAAGACCUGCCCUACCACCUGAUUUUUCGACCAGACCAACUUCUCAGCAUCCAUCUGAUGUCAGCACGGAGUUCACACGCUAUGACCGCCUUUACCCAGAUGCUCGUCCACCAGUGAGCCGGAGUUCGUAUUUCCCUGCUUCUGGAGUAACGAGCAAUUCCAAAGAGCAUCCAGUAUCAGGGCCUUUGUUAUCAUAUAGAGUGGACUCACAGGGGGGCCCUGUUCGGCCAAUCAGAAGGGAGGAUCGUGAGACUGCCGACGCCUCUGUCCAGAUCACAACCAUUGAACCCCAGGAGGUCUCGUGGAGCGCAAGGCCCGUCUCAGGUUUCGCACCAUCACAGUCCUUCAAUCCUUCACAGGUGCUGCCUAGUUUUUCUAGGCCCUUAUUCGUCCAGACAUCAGCUGUGCCCGUCCUGUUACCUUACAAGCCCCACGGUAGCCAGGAGCUCUUCUACAUCCCCCAGAGCGAGAUGCAGCUGUCCUCCAUCCACUCCAACACCACCAUGGAGAGCUCCCAUCCGGGCUCGGACGACGCUGUCCCUCCGAAGUUCACCACGGACGUCCUGGGCUCCAGGGAGCAGGGGGAGGAAGGCAUGGUCACCGUGAAACAUGCGGAGGGGAUCUACAGCAAGAGGCAGAAGGGCUACAGCGUGGCUGAAGGCCACAGAGGUCUUAGUAUGGACGUGGAUGAGGAUUCUCACACCACAGCCGGCCAACAGAGCCGCACGCUCUACCCAUGCUUCCUCGGCACCGACGACUCCAGUGACCUCCCCAGAGGCUCUGAUGCGCUCCCCACAUUCCUGCCCUCCAGACCCACACACUCCCCCAGCAGAGGUAGGGGGUUCCCGGAGCGAGAGCACAGCGUAGGCCGGCUACCCCUCAUCCAGAGCCAGGAUGGGGAGGGGUUUGCACCCCUGCUGCCAGAGGCCAGCUGCAGCGUCGAAGACCCGCACCCUCGCCACAGCUCCAUCCAAGAGCCCCGCCCACAAAGAGGGGCGGAGAGGGAGGAGCCUGUUCCCAAGAGGAGGGAUCUCAACCUCAGGGGCGUGUCCUCUCAGGGCAGCGGCAGCAGUCUGGACGAGCUGUGGCAGAGGUUCAAUGAGAGGCGGAGCAGAGCAGAGGCCCGCCCCCCCAGUGAGAGGGAGACGUCCUUACUGGAGAGGCUGGACCGCCUGUCACGCCUCAUUCACAGCAACAAGCCUCCAUCCCUGCGGCCUGAGAGGGAGCAAGCUAGCCAGGGGCAAGCGAGGAGGACGGGGGAGAAUCUGAGAGGCAAGGGAGAAAGAGGGAGGGGAAAGGAGGAGGGGGAGGGCAGGACGCCUCAGAGGGGGAACAGAGAGCGCUCUGCCCGGGAGGCCUGGGUGGAGGAGGCGGAGCCGGAGGAGGGGGAGCCUGAGCUGGAGGAGACACUGAUGUCCGGCGGGACGGCGGACAGUGCCUCUCUGAGCUCCACCCUCACCGGGCGCACCCUCAGCCGGCACCGAUGUCCCGCCGAGAGGGACGGCUCGGGGAGCAGGUCCGGGGAGGCCGACGCCGGCGCCCAGACCGAGUCCGGGGAGACGGCCAGCACCAUGUCCACCAUCGACACACCCCGUCUCAUCCGGGCCUUCGGGCCGCAGCGGGUCCAGCCCAGCGCCGGCCUGAGCAGGCUGUACGGCGUCAUCGACAAGCAGAGGGAGAGCAAGGAGCGGAAGAGGGGGAAGAAGAGAGGCAGCAGCAGACAGCCCGCUCCGGCUCCCUCAGAGACAAACAGCGCUGACGACUCCACUGUGACACCUGAAUCUGUGUCAUCGAAUGGUACCAUGCACCGGGGCCCAUCUCAUGUUCUCGUGGCCAAGAAGGCAGUCAAACUGGUCAGCAAAGGAAUCCAGGCAGGUGAUUUGGAGAUCGUCAGCAACGGAACCAGGAAGAACACGCGGGAUGUGGGCACCACCUUCCCCUCCCCCGCCUCGGCCAGGGGAACGGGGGGCUCAUCGCCCAGCAGCAGAGACAGCCAGGGUGAGGAGACGGGCCCCACCAAACCCCGCGUUUUAAUGAACGACAAGAGAAGCAGGAGGAGCCCCCCACAGCGCUACCCUCAAGGUGUGUGGAAUGGAGGUCGUGGCACUAGCCAAGAGGACUGUGGGUGA